AUGGAUUCUUCUAAGGCACCCGUCAAGCUCGUCAAGGUGACCCGAGUCCUGGGACGAACAGGCUCCCGUGGUGCUGUCACCCAGGUCCGCGUCGAGUUCCUCGAGGACCAAACCCGAUCGAUCAUCCGUAACGUCAAGGGCCCUGUCCGCGAGGACGACAUCCUGUGCCUCCUGGAGUCCGAGAGAGAAGCCCGCCGCCUCCGAUAA